AUGUCGUUUAUAUUGACUGCUAUUAGUCGUCCGAUUGCUCUUUCCACUUCUAGAGUAGCUUCUAGGGCUACUCUGGCAACAGGUGCUACUGCUGCUGCGGAGAUCUUGGAAGAUGUGUUCACGGAACAAAUGGAAGAAGUGGCUUCACAGGAGAAGAAGCCAAACCCAUUGGAAUAUGCAUUGUCAGUGAAGACACCAGUCAACACCUGGACCAAAGAAGAAAUUAAAGCUAUAUAUGACACACCACUCAUGGACUUGAUGCACUAUGCUCAGGUGCAACACAGAAGGUUCCAACAACCUUCAGAGGUUCAAUUGUGCACUCUUAUGAAUAUCAAAACUGGUGGUUGUACCGAGGACUGUAAGUACUGUGCCCAAUCGCAGCGUUACAACACUGGUGUCAAGGCUGAAAGAAUCAUCCAAGUUGAUGAGGUGAUUGAAGCUGCAAAGGAGGCAAAGGCCAAUGGAUCUACAAGGUUCUGUAUGGGUGCUGCAUGGAGAGAGAUGAAAGGUAGAAAGUCAAACUUGAAGAAAAUCAAAGAGAUGAUCACUGCUGUCCAUGACCUUGGAAUGGAGAGUUGUGUCACCCUGGGAAUGGUUGAUAAAGACCAAGCCACUGAAUUGAAAAGUGCUGGGCUGACGGCGUACAACCAUAACAUUGAUACUUCAAAGGAACACUAUCCAAAGGUGAUCUCCACAAGAAGCUUUGAUGAUAGAUUGAAAACAAUCAAGAACGUUCAAGGAUCUGGAUUAAAGGCAUGCACAGGUGGUAUUCUUGGUCUUGGUGAGACCCAAGAGGACCGUGUAUCUUUCCUCUACACCUUGGCCACAAUGGAUCAGCAUCCAGAGUCUCUUCCAAUCAACAGACUGGUGCCAAUCAAGGGCACACCAAUGUACGAAGAAGUUAAGAACAAGCAAGUUGAAGUUGAUGAGAUUGUCAGAACCAUUGCCACUGCAAGAUUGGUCAUGCCAACGUCUAUUAUCAGAUUGGCUGCAGGAAGAUAUACAAUGAAAGAGGCAGAACAGGUGAUGUGCUUCAUGGCUGGUUGUAAUGCCAUCUUCACAGGUAAGAAAAUGCUCACAACAAUGUGUAACGGCUGGGAUGAGGAUAAAGCCAUGUUGGCUAAAUGGGGUCUGAAACCAAUGGAGAGUUUCAAAUACAAACCAAGGGAGGUUGCAAUCGGUGCUUGA